AUGGGCUUCCUGGUGGCUGUUUACUUCCUGGUGGCAUUUCGAGUCCAGAGACUGCCUAGGGCCUUCAAUGAAGCCAAGCUGAUCACCUUCAACAUGCUGGUGUUCUGUAGUGUUUGGAUCUUCUUUGUGCCCACCUACCUGAGUACCAAGAGCAAAUACAUGGUGGCCAUGCAGAUCAACCAGGAUCCCAGGAUCUUACCCAACCUCACCCUGGGCUACAACAUUCAUGACAAUUACUUUGAUGCCAGAACAACUUCAGAAGGUUUGGUAGAUCUGCUCUCUCCUGGGCAGGCAGAUGUUCCAAACUACAAGUGUGGAGGAAGACAGAAUAACCUCUUAGCUAUAAUUGAAGGGACAGAAACAGACAUCUCCUUCUUAAUUUCAUCCAUGUCAGGCAACUACAAAAUCCCUCAGGUCAGUUAUUCUUUUGUUUCCCAUGUUCUGAGUGAUAAAACACAGUUCCCCUUUUUCUACACCAUGGUCCCCAAAGAAGGAGUCCAAUAUCUGGGGAUUCUCAAAUUGCUCCUGCAUUUCCAAAGGACAUCAGUUGGUCUCUUUGCUCCAGACACUGACAAUGGCAAGCAUUUCAUGGGAACGUUGGUGCCGAUGCUGUUCAAGAACGGGAUAUGUGUUAUUUUCUCACAAACCUUUUCAGGAGUGAAUAGACAAAAUGUGGCGAUCAACGUAAAUGCCAAUUCUGCCUCAGUGCAGAAGUGGAAAGAAGUGAAUGUAUUUAUUUACUUUUCAGACCCUGGAUUCUUUAUGGCUGGGAUAUGGGCAAUAGUGAAUAUAAUUGAAAGCUCAACAUUGUACAUAAAUUCACAUUUUGCAGAAUCAACAAUCUCCACAGGGAAGAUCCUUGUCACAGCAGCUUUGUGGGACCUCACAUUUGACUUGAAAUAUAAUGUUGUAUCAUAUAAAAACAUUCACGGUUUAUUUUCCUUUCUUACUCAGAAAAAGAAAAAGAUAAAAUAUGAUUUCCUCCCUCUUUUCAUUUCUCUAUAUCAGUUUGCAUAUAUAGCAUUUCCCUGCUCUUACUUCAAGGCUGCCCCAUCGGUGAAAGGCUGGACAAGAUGCAUUGAGAAUGAGGCAGUGGGGGCCCUUCCCCAAGGCGAGAUUGAAAAAACUGUGUCUCUAGACACCUCUCGUGUUUACCACACACUCUGGGGCCUGGCACAGGUCUUAGAUGUAGCUUAUUCUUCUCAAUUCAAGAGGAGGAAGGUGGAAGGUGAUGGAGGGACAUCAGUACUGCAAAUUCUGCAACCGUGGCAGCUUCAUCCUUUCUUGCAAAAUUCUCAGUUUUACAACACUUCCACGGAUGGAGUGUAUUUAGAUGAGAAUGGUGAACUAGCAGCUGAUCUGGACAUUGUGAAUUGGGUGAAAUUUUCUAAUGGUUCUAUCGUCUGUGUGCAAUUUGGAAGCAUAGGAAGGCAGGGCUCCUCAGAGCCCCAAUUUAACAUUGAUGAAGAUGCCAUGGUGUGGCUCAAAUGGCUCAACCAGACCCUGCCUCCUUCCAGAUGUGUGGAAAGCUGCCAUUCUGGUUCUCUCAAGGUAAUCCAGAGAGGACAGCCAGUUUGCUGCUAUGACUGUGUUCCUUGUGCUGCAGAUGCAGUCCACUGCACCAGAUGUUUCGAAGAUCAGCAUCCAAAUGAAUACCAAAAUCACUGUCUUCCAAAAUAUAUAACCUUUUUGUCAUAUAAAGAAUAUUUGGGGAUCAUCCUGGGUUCUUUUGCUCUAUUUUUGUCAUUCAUCACAGCCUUUGUAUUAGUAAUUUUCAUAAAAUCUCAUGAAACUCCAAUAGUUAAAGCCAACAAUCGGGAUCUCUCCUACAUUCUCCUCAUCUCACUCCUCCUUUCAUUUCUCACCACCUUUCUCUUUAUUGGCCAGCCAAGGAAAGUUACCUGUCUUCUCCGACAAACAGCCUUCAUCAUAGUUUUCUCAGUGGCCGUAUCUUGUCUUUUGGCCAAAACCAUCACAGUGGUGCUGGCCUUCUUGGCCACAAAGCCAGGGAACAGAAUGAGGAGGUGGCUUGGGAAGACUUUAACCAAUGCUCUUGUUCUUGUUUGCUCUGCUGUCCAAGUUCUGAUUUGCUCCAUCUGGCUGGCAAUCUUUCCUCCUUUUCCUGACACAGACAAGCACUCCCAUCCUGAAGAGAUUGUCCUGCAGUGCAACGAAGAACCUGUCAUCAUGUUUUACUCUGCUCUUGGCUAUAUGGGUUUCCUGGCUGUUGUCUGCUUCACAGUGGCUUUCCUGGCCCGAAGACUACCUGGGGCCUUCAACGAAGCCAAGCUCAUCACCUUCAGCAUGCUGGUCUUUUGUAGUGUUUGGGUCUCCUUUGUGCCCACUUACCUCAGCACCAAAGGUAAAUACAUGGUGGCCGUGCAGAUCUUCUCCAUUUUGGCCUCCAGUGCUGGACUGCUGAGUUGCAUCUUUUUCCCCAAGUGCUACAUUAUUUUGCUGAGGCCAGAGUUGAAUACAAAGGAGCAGCUAACCACAAAAACCAAUCUAUAG